AAAAAAAAGCAAGUAAAGGUGGCCAGGAAGAAGAAAAGAACGACGCCAACAGCAUAAUGUGUCGCCAAUUCUUCACUAUCUAUGAAUGGUGCCAUUGCGAAGAGGAUAACGGCCACGAGCUCUGCGCAGCCCGCAGACGAGACAUGUGUCCGGGGACCUCGAUUGAAACCGUCCAUAUGCAGUGCUUCUGCCAUCAGCAUGCCAGCAAAGGGUUCAAAUCUGAGAAAAAAGCCCAGAAAUCAAACGGCUCUUCGAUUGAUGAGAAGGGCUCGUUCACUCCACGAAGGAAAUGGUACCAGAUCUGCGGCGGACGGUCACGGACGUACUGAAGUGUCUUGAACUCACCCCUUUUACGGCAUCAUAUGCAGAUCAAUGGCUGGUUUCUUUUGCCUUUGCAUCAUCGAAUUCUCGUGUCUGGGUUGGGGUUGGUUGAAUUUUUUUGUUGGGGGGGUGUUUUUUUUUUAAUUUUUUUUUGUCAUGGAUUCAU